AUGGCUUCUUUCACCAACGAGCAGUGUCUGCCAUGGCACGAAAGAGAUCUCUACGGGUACGCUAAUAGCCCUCCCGAUCCAAAAUGGCCAAAUGGAGCUAGGAUAGCUGUCAAUUUCGUCAUGAACCAUGAGGAGGGUGGUGAAAGUAGUGUGGAGCUUGGUGAUGAUGUGGCCGAAGCUUUCUUCCAUGAUUUUGGACCGCCUGGGAUGAUAAAUCCUGUGCCUGGUGAACGGGAUCCAUCAACAGAGACUCAAUUUGAUUAUGGCACUAGAGUAGGAGUUUGGCGUUUGUUGAGAUUGUUCGAAGCCAGCAGUAUUCCCAUCACUUUUUACGCUGUCGCCAAAUCGUUCGAACGAGCCCCACAUGUUGCGAAGUAUGUGGAGGAGCAUGGGCACGAGACCUGUUGUCAUGGAUAUCGAUGGCGAUCGUACGGCGAUUGUGAUGCCGAGUUGGAGGAAAGGCAUGCCAAUCUUUGCGUUGAAAGCUUUCGAAAAUCAUCACCCAGUGGCAAGGUGCCAUCAGGCUGGUUCCUUGGGAGACCCAACGUGCGUUCUGCUCAUAUCGCGGCGAAGGUCUACAAAGAGCAAGGGGAGGAGCUUCUCUACUGGGCGGAUUCCUAUGCAGACGACUUGCCCUAUUGGAAGCCCAAUCCAAUCGACCCAUCCAAGGGUUUAUUGAUCAUGCCAUAUUCAUUCGACAACAACGACACCAAGAUGUGGUUUGGGCAGAUGGGCUCCGAUGAGGCAUACACUCAGCAUAUAAUCGAUUCGUUCACCACGAUACGUGAAGAAGGUCUGGCUGGUAGACCAGCAUACAUCACUGUGGCAUUCCACUCUCGAUGGAUGGGUCGACCUGGACGGUUCCAAGCUCUCAAACGGAUUGUGGAUCACAUGAAGCAGUUCGAUGAUAUUUGGUUCGCCACUCGAGAACAGAUUGCGACUCAUUUCGCCAAAACCAUUCCAUACGACCCUGCGGCAUUUAUACCCGGUACGGGACGUAUGAAACCACCUUCAGAUGUCCGAUCGCAGGUAAAUACUCUCAAGGCAAAGGUCAACGGUUUCCAUUAG